AGCAUCCGCAGGCCUGACUGAGGAGCAGAAGGAGUUCCAAAAAGUGGCCUUUGAUUUUGCUGCCAAAGAGAUGGCCCCUCACAUGGCAGAAUGGGAUGAGAAGGAAAUAUUCCCAGUGGAGACACUGCGGAAGGCAGCCCAGCUUGGGUUUGGUGGGAUCUAUGUGAAACCAGACGUGGGUGGCUCUGGACUGUCACGACUCGACACUUCCAUCAUCUUUGAGGCUUUGUCGACAGGAUGUACCAGUACCACAGCCUACAUAAGCAUCCACAACAUGUGCGCUUGGAUGAUUGAUACAUUUGGGAGCGAGGAGCAGAGACACAGGUUCUGCCCAUCACUCUGUAGCAUGGAGAAACUUGCCUCAUACUGCCUGACCGAGCCAGGAAGCGGAAGUGAUGCAGCUUCUUUGCUAACGUCGGCCAGGAGGAAAGGUGACGCCUAUGUCCUUAAUGGUUCCAAGGCCUUCAUCAGUGGGGGCGGUGACACGGAUGUUUAUGUGGUCAUGUGUCGUACAGGAGGGCCAGGCCCCAAGGGCAUCUCCUGCCUGGUGCUGGAAAAGGGAACUCCAGGGCUCAGCUUUGGCAAGAAGGAGAGGAAGGUGGGCUGGAACUCCCAGCCAACUCGGGCAGUGAUCUUCGAGGACUGUGUUGUUCCUGUGGCCAAUCGGCUGGGAGCCGAGGGACAGGGCUUUGGCAUUGCCAUGAAGGGACUGAACGGUGGAAGGAUAAACAUAGCUUCUUGUUCUCUAGGAGCUGCUCAUGCCUCUGUCCUCUUGGCCCAAGAGCAUCUCACAGUCCGCAAGCAGUUUGGGGAACCGCUGACCAGUAAUCAGUACCUCCAGUUCAGACUGGCUGAGAUGGCAACGCAUCUGGUGGCAGCACGCCUCAUGGUACGAAACGCAGCACAAGCACUACAGGAGGGGCGAGAGGAUGCCGUCGCCCUCUGCUCCAUGGCCAAACUCUUUGCCACUGAUGAGUGCUUUGCGAUCUGUAACCAAGCCUUACAGAUGCAUGGGGGCUAUGGCUACCUGAAAGACUAUGCUGUGCAGCAAUUUCUGAGAGAUAUCAGAGUGCACCAGAUCUUGGAAGGUACCAAUGAGGUGAUGAGGAUGAUUGUGGCCAGGAGUCUGUUACAAGAGUGAAGCCAGGAGCUGGUCUCCGGCCUCGGUGCACUCCAUCGGCUGUAGCACCGUCUGUCUCUUCCCCACCCGUAGACUCUUUUGGGACUGCAUCUGUGAGGAUGUACCAGAAGAAGCUCUCUUGCUUAUUUUCUGAUCCCAAGCACAGCUGGAUACAACCCACGUGGUGUCCCAGCUGCAGUUGGUGCCUGGCAGAGCUGCUGUUACUAGGCUGGUAUAGAGGAGCCUGAAGAUACAAAUCACAGACAUGAAUGCAAGCCUUUGUUCCUGUGUCCAGGUCAUGGGCCUUUGCUGUUGCUCUGCUGCUGCUGAUAGAAAGAGUAGCUGGGACAUGCAGGCCAUUUCCAUGCCAAGUCAGGAUGAAAUCAUCUGGCCCAUCUUUUUGUGCGCUCUAAGGGCAAUGGAGAGGUGCAGCUCAUUCCACAACCCUCCUCGGUGUUAGCUAAAUGCUUCUGAAUCAACAAAACAUCCCACUGAAAUUACAGGGGGGCAGAGAGUUGCCCUGUUGAACCCAGUGUCUUUCCGUUCUGCAGCACAAAGGGUAGGUCAGCCGCAAAGCCUGCUUCACAUGGGGAUUUAUGAAAGACAGCCAGCAGCUGGAUCCAGGGCAGGCAGUGGGGGACGGGGGAUGCUUGGUGCUUACUGGAAUCACUGCCUGGCGCUUGUUUAGAAUCACAGCUCCUUGUGCUUCUCCAAGACAGCGUUGCUCGGUGCUGCCAGCUCCUGUUCGACACGCUCCCAGCUCAGGUGCGUGGUGGCAGGGGGGUGAGCCGCAGGGCAGGGGCGUGAAUUACCAGGACAGCUGCGCAGCUGCAGUGCAGUGGAGCACGGGGGCCAAGUUAAAACUUUGAUCGUUUGCACUUUUUAUUGCACUUUUUUCUUCUUCCUGGCCUUGGAAUCAAUAAAGUGUGGCUGUCCCGUU